AUUACCUCCGCAGCACCCAAUGCAACAUACUAUUUUAUCAAUAUACAACCGAUUAGGCCGCAAAUUUUUCGCAUCAGUUACCGAUUAAGUCUAACCGUGUCAGCCCCGUGCUGGAAACCUCUCCUACUCCAAAAAAGGGUUUCAGAAUGCGUUAGAAAAUGGACUAUUUCCAUACAUUUACAAUACAAAAGUAGUAUGAUGUUACUUCCUUUACUAGAUUUCACAGAUAUUUGUUUAAGAUCUACGAUUCAGCAACAAUAUACGUUAGUUACUGCGAUGAUGCUAUUUAUGAGUACAUUGUUUCUUCUUACGGGAGCUAAUGGUAACGAAGUGGUUCCGCGAGACAAGGAAAUUAUUCAUAGAAUUGAAUGUCCUGACAAGGGAAUGAUGAGCGGGAUAAAUUAUUGGGGAAUGGUUAGUCUUGGGCAAGUAGAGUUUAUAUGCAAUUCCUCUAAAGGUCAGAUUACAAUUGGACCGUACGGUGUUGGUGAUGAAAGUAAUAGUAAUGGAAUUUCCGGCUCUCUGCUUUGUCCAGAACAACAUUGUAUUAGUUCCUUUUAUGGUAGUAUAACUACAAAUCUAAAUCGUCUUGGAAUUCGAUGCAGACAUGAAGAUGAUAUAGAUAGCGCGGGAACUGUGCUUGGAGAAUUCGGACUGGACAUUGGAACUAAUUUCGACUAUCUGUCACAGUCACUUGGUGCCAGGCUAAUGUCUGUAAUUGUUCAAACAAGGAAUAUGACAAUAAGUGUAUUUAAAAGUGUAUACAGCAAUAAGACAACGCUUUUCAAAUCAAAUGAUUUCGACAAUCAACCUACUUCAAUACAUGGAGUCUUUGACUACAAGUGUACAAAGACAGAUUAUGUCGAAUGUCCGGAUGAAGGUGCCAUAACUGCAAUAAACUACACAUACUCUAUACUCGAAGAAGGAGAUCGUUUGAAUUCAAUUACGUUUAUAUGUAGCUCGUCACACGGGUUGACGAAUUACGGACCGUACGGAACAACCGGUGACUUUUCUGUUGAAGCGAAAUGUGAAGACAAUCACCAUAUCAGUUACAUAAGAGGUAGAGCUGGUGAAUUUAUUAAUAAAAUUGAUAUCGUCUGUAUUAAAUCUGGCGAGGCCUUACCAACAGGCAAAGUAGAUAUGUCAACUACAGUUGGCAACAAAAAUUGUGAACCACCGUUUCGUACCGUUGUAGAUCAACAUUUUUCUAACGAUUCAAUUAAAACAAUAACUGCUAAUGAUUUUGAUGACGAAUGUUACGCAACGAAUGGGAAAAGACCAUUAAAAAUGAAAGUUUGUACUAAAACACACGUGAACGCAAUACAAAUAAUUUAUGAUGCAGUACCAGUAGCAUUCAAUUGCAAACCAAAUCACAUUGAACUGAAGGACUCUGUGAGUCCAAGAAAUGUCGGCUUCGAUGUGUUAGGCUAUGUAGUUGGGUCGACAUGUUCCUCUUUAGAACAAAAACUUUGUUUAUCCGUUGAAGAUAGUAAUAUUCGCUCUGACUCAGCAAGCACCUUUAUUUCAAACUCGCACACAAACGACCAUGUGCUCGAAAUAGGCCCCACUGGUGGAAAAUGGAAAGGAGUUGGUGUUGAAGCUUCCGCACAUGGAGUAAUCAAUUUCGGAUAUUACAACAAUUCGAUGCUUACCAAAACUAACACAAGAUCAUCUGAAAUUGACAAAAUACAUAGUACAACAAUUAAGUAUCAAGGACCAAGUGCUUGUGUCUUAGUAGGAUUUAGGUCGAGAUAUGAAGUCGAUGACCGUAGCGCUAAGAUAUUGUAUCGAAACAUCUGUGAACGUGGUUCUGUCCCUCCAACUGAAGAGAUCUUACCCAUCUACAGUACUUUUUAUGGAAAUGUGCACUUCCGGGAUUUUCAUUUCAGUUUUGCUAACAAGAAAUGUACUACUAAUUUAAGACUAUGUAUUUCGAGAAUCAAAUUAGAUAGUUCUGUUUUUCAUCAAAAGAGACUCAGAGAAAAGCUCACAACUGAAGUCAAUAGAUGUUUCUCACUAAAUUAAAAUAUAUUUUUGAUGUAAAAUUAAAAUAUAACAAAUAU